AUGAAAAAAUAAAAUAUCAAUAUUGUGAGGAAGAAGAGAAGAUUCAUAAAUUAUGUCUACAUGUUUUUGAAUGUUCAGUAUUGAUACACAGAUUCUUUUUUGCUGUAUGGCUGUUUUCUCCCCACGGAAGACACAGCUGCUAUGGAAUUACUUCCUGCCAUUCCUGCUUAUGAAUCAUUUGACUCUGGGUAACACUAUCAGUCCUCUUAUUAUGCUGGACCAAUAUGAAGGCAGUGGAAUCAGACUUGUCUGCACAUCUGAGAUGUUGUUUCCUGAGAUCCAACUGCUAUGGGUGGAUGGUGAAGGACAGGAACUUCUUGCUGCUCCAGCUGUAGCUACUCCAGACAACAUUACAAGUUCUAUUCUUCUGCAGCCAGGUGCUGGACAUUUUGUGUCCUGCAGAAUUGUUAGUAAAUCCACAAAGACAUCAGCAGGAUCAACUUCUGUCAUCAUUGCAGAUAUCUUCUUUCCAUCCACCUCCCGAUGGAUGAUUGCCUUCUUUGUGAUUGCGGUUCUCGGCACUGUUGUCAUCCUUGCCAUCUAUUAUAUAUUGAAGAAAAACAAUUUGAAGCUAGCUCUUUCAGAUAAUGAACAGAAAGCAAUGGAAGAAGAAAUAGCACGCAUUAAAAUUAUCCUGGGUAAAGAAAAAAAUGAAUCUCAAGAAGCUUUGAAAGUACAAGAUAAUUUUGAGAAAACCAUGGAAGAAUUGGAUUUCAGAAGGGCUGCUUCCCAUGCAGUCAAUAUCACUUUGGAUCCUCAAUGCACACAUCCCAAACUCAUCAUCAAAGAAAAAAAUAGAAUUAAACUGAGUUCUUUGUACUUAGGAUUGAAAGACCUCAAAGGAGCUUUGAUUGCAGUGGCAAAAGAAGGGUUCUCUUCUGGAAAAUUGUACUGGGAGGUGGAAGUGGAAGGUAGAACUUUUUGGGAGCUUGGGGUACUCACUAAGAAAGUAAGAAAAAGACUAGAAAGUGAGACUCUGGAAAAGCCCUUGGAGGAAGGGUAUGUAAGCAUGCAAUGGUUCCAGAAUCAAUACCAUUGCAUUGGAGGAAGUAGCCUAACUGAUGGUCAGAAUGAAGAAUGUGCAGUUGUAGGUGUUUUUCUGGACCUGGAAGAGAAAAUGCUCUCCUUUUACAAUGUUCAGUUAAUGUGUUCAAUUAGGACAAUCCCUGUAGAGUUCUUUGAGAAAAUGUAUCCAUUCUUCAAUCCUGGCAGGGAAGAAAACUUCCUGGGUGUCCGCCCAGUGAGCUCCCCUCCCCGUUUAGCUUCCAUUUGAAGUUAAACCCUGUGUCAGACACUGGAAAGCUUUCAUGAUAUGAUAUGAUGCUGUGUUCAAACUGCAAUGUAUUGCCUGACCUAACUGACAACAUUUUCUAACAUUUGCUACUAACCCCAAAUAGAAACCUUGCAUAUCAAAGUAGAAGUGAAGCUGUUACUAACCCUACUGUGAAUUCCUGUCCUUGACACUAAGAAAGGCAACAACCAUUUGAAGAUAAAAUGCCUCAGGGAGAGCCAGCAGAGCUGUUCCUGUGAGAAUGGGAACCACAACGAGAUAAGAGAAAGUAAAUGUGUGAAAUGUAUCACUCUAGUGUGGGAAUGUAGAUUUGUUUAGAAAACCUUUGAUGUGCAUUUAGUUAAAACAUCUAUGCUCCGUUCCAAGGGCAUCAAUUCCAAUGUAUCCAUGCUCAGAAACUAUGAACUAUCAAAUAAAGUCUUAACAUUGUAACAAA